GUUUCAACAAGUUGCACGAUAACGAUUUUUCCCCUGGAGGAGCGGUUGGACGCUACGACUGCGACCUGCGGGACGUCUGUAAAUUAAAGAUAAUCGAUCGUAGCAUUUGUAGCUCAACAUUCUACGGAGGCGUUAUUGUUACAUCAUUCCUGAUAGGAUUACAUGUACCCACCGAAUUCAGUCAAUUACCGUGUUCUUGUUCCGAUAACGGCUCUGGCAUGGACCAGCUCCGGGUGAAGAGUGUCAUGUACGCCACUUUGGCCGGGAUAUGCGGUUCGUCAGCAGGCAUUUUCGGAAAAAUCGGAAUGGGUCUAGAUGGAUAUUUUGGGGACAGCCCAGUAAGCGCUAACCUCGUACAUAAAUAAAAAUAAAGACACCAACGAAUGCUACUAGUAUUUAUUAAAUAAAUCACACAUUCUAGGAGUUUCAGAUCUAACAAUUUAAGUACCUAAUAAUAACACAAAUCAAACAUCAAAAUUUUCAACGUCUGUCUGUCAUUGAUGAUUUUUUUCUUUCUAAUAAGUAUGAUAUCAUCUAAUUGUGAUUAAUUCAAAUUAAUAUUGCAUCUUACCUUCUAUUUAGGAUCAAAUAAAAUACUAUACCUAGCUUUAUUUUUAGAAUUAUAUAAUUUUUUAUUGGUAUUCCUUUAACUAGUGUAGGUACAUUAGUACCUUUACCCUAUCUAUAAAUCAGUUAUCUCUGUAACACUGACAUUUAAUAAUUGUGCAGCUUUCGUUCAUCAAUUUGGGGAGGUUCAUCGCGAUAGUGAUGGUCAUCCUGGCCAACAUAGGUGUAUGGCUCAUGUACACCAAAUCUUUGCAAUUUGGCCCAACUAUAGGCAUCACCGGCAUUAGUAUUGCGGCCAAUUACAUUUUUACAGUAAGUAAACGACUACUACUACAAGUAUAUAAUUUCAAUAUUAAGAUGUACUCUACAAAUAAAUGUUUUGUAGAACAUUUUAUCUGCAAAAACAUAAAAUGAUCCUUAAUUAUUCCAUUUGUAAACUUGAUUCAUUAAAAAUAAGUAUUAAAAUUUUCUUUUAGUUGAUGAAAUUGUUUUUCAAGUAUUGCGUUUUUGUAGGAUGGAUGGCAGAGUAGGUACCACCUCUUCGCCCAAAGUUUGGACAUAGUAGACAAGUAGAUUAUUUUUAAAUCAAAAUAUUUAUUUAUUGUUACUUUUUAAACCACAAUGAGGUGUGGAUGCAUUAAUUUGUUACUAUAACCAGAGAUGUUCACUUUUUUUUUUUUGCAUACCAUUCAUGUAUUAUUAUGGAUCUGUCACGUACCACUUAUAACUAAACAUCGAACUUUUCAAAAUGUAUAUACAUUUAUUUUAAAAUGAGUAUAAUAAAAAUAAACUGUUUGCUGACCAUAUUCAAUUUUAUGCAAUUCGUUAAAUUGCUUAAAAUACUAGCCUAAUUAUUAAUGUUUUUUUUGGUAAAAAUAUUAAAUUUUUUUAUUUGUGAAGCUCCUUUAAAUAAAAAAUUGUAUUAAUAUUAUUGUUUUAUUUUACAGGCUCUUACUGGAGUAGUAUUAUUUGGCGAGAGUUGUUCAUUUUUGUGGGCCUGCGGUACACUCUCAGUCAUGGUUGGAGUUAUACUGAUGUCAACUGUUUAA